AUGUCAGUCGAAAGCGGGAUGCCAGUAAAGCUGGGGGUGCGUUCGGCAAGCGGCCGAUUUGCAAGUCGCGAGUCUUUGCACAGCAAGCAGGCAGGAGGACCAAGGCGGCGACGGCGAGCGGCCCCCGGCUCCCUAGAGAUCCGCGCGGCGGGUGGCAAGAUGUUUGACGAUCAAGACUUGGGUUUCUUUACCAACUUCCUGGGCAUCUUCAUAUUUGUUUUGGUCAUUGCGUACCACUUUGUGAUGGCAGACCCAAAGUACGAGGGAAACUGAUCUCCUUUUGUUGGGUGAUGGGACAGUAUUAUAACUCAGAUCAAAAUAGGGUUAAUGCUAGCGAGAGCACUUGACGGUUCUUUCAAGUGCUUAUCAUGGAAGCUAGACAUGCAAUUUUCUGGCAUUGUGACUUGAAUCAUGUUUAAUCGAUUGAACUAGUGAACUGUUGAGAUAUCAAAAUAUGAUUAUCUGCUGCCGAUUUGUUA